GCCGUCGUUAGGACCCAACUUUCCUUUUGUGCUCGGAGCUGGAGCUCGGAGGCUUGCGUGGAGCCGCACUAAGUGUGGGAGCUCAACCCUGGACUCCAUCUUUUAAACAAAUAAACAAGCUGGGAACGGGAGGAGAACUGGCUGAAAUACUGAAAUAUGAUCAGCAUCUUGCCAUGUUUCUCAUGCAGUUUGCAGGCUUAAACCAUCUGUCCUUUGAUCCUGCCAGCAACAACAAAUCUCUGCAGUUCGGCAGCGCUGCCGGCCCGCGGGUGUCGGAGAGCCCAGCUGAGAAUGGAAGCGAUCCGGGCAAGAAGAGGAAGAGAGCAAACGUUCCUCCAGCAGAUGGUGGCAGAAAUCUAAGCCUCGACUCCAUUCCGAUGGGCUUGCCAAUGUCAGGCCCAACUGCCUGGACCACUGCGAUGAACAAUCUAGGGAUGGCUCCCAUGGGGAUGACAGGACAGCCCCUCCUGCCUGAUUUUGAUCCCGCUCUUGGGAUGAUGACUGGAAUCCCUCCGAUCAACCCCAUGAUGCCAGGCUUGGGGAUAGUCCCACCUCCCAUCCCUCCGGACAUGCCUGCUGUGAAGGAGAUCAUUCACUGCAAAAGCUGCACUCUCUUCCCACCUAACCCACAUCUUCCCCCUCCAGCAACAAGAGAGAGGCCCCCAGGGUGUAAGACGGUGUUUGUUGGAGGACUGCCGGAAAAUGGAACCGAGCAGAUCAUUAUGGAAGUGUUUGAACAGUGUGGGGAAGUCAUAGCUAUUCGAAAGAGUAAGAAGAAUUUCUGUCAUAUCCGCUUUGCUGAGGAGUUCAUGGUGGACAAGGCACUUUAUCUUUCUGGCUAUCGCAUCAGGCUGGGCUCCAGCACUGACAAGAAGGAUACUGGGCGCCUGCAUGUGGAUUUUGCUCAGGCUCGGGACGAUCUGUACGAGUGGGAAUGUAAGCAGCGGAUGCUGGCGAGAGAGGAGCGCCAUCGCAGGAGGCUGGAAGAGGAGCGCUUCCGCCCGCCCUCCCCACCUCCUGUCGUCCAUUACUCUGACCAUGAGUGCAGCGUUGUCGCUGAGAAACUGAAAGAUGACACAAAGUUCUUGGAAGCCAUCCAGACCUUGCUGACCUGGAUAGAGCGUGGAGAAGUGAACAGGAGGACUGCCAACAACUUCUAUUCCAUGAUCCAGUCGGCCAACAGCCACAUUCGCAGACUAGUGAACGAGAAAGCAGCUCACGAGAAGGAGAUGGAAGAAGCUAAAGAGAAAUUCAAACUUGCUCUCUCAGGGAUUCUGGUUCAGUUCGAGCAGAUAGUGGCCGUGUACCAUUCUGCCUCCAAACAAAAGGCUUGGGACCAUUUCACGAAAGCUCAGCGUAAGAACAUCAGCGUGUGGUGCAAACAAGCAGAGGAAAUCCGUAACAUUCAUAAUGAUGAACUAAUGGGUAUUCGAAGAGAGGAGGAAAUGGAAAUGUCUGAUGAAGAAAUAGAAGAUCCAUCAGAGAUGAAAGAAACAGAAGAAUCAGCGCUGGUAUCACAGGUGGAAGCCCUGAAAGAAGAAAACGACAGUCUGCGCUGGCAGCUGGAUGCCUACCGGAAUGAGGUGGAACUGCUAAAGCAGGAGCAAGGCAAAGCGAGCAGGGAUGAAGACACAACCAAGGAGCAGCAGAUGAAGCUUCUCCAGCAGGCUCUGCAGGGGAUGCAGAAGCAUCUUUUGAAAGUACAAGAUGAAUACAAAAAGAGAGAAGCUGAGCUAGAAAAAGUGAGAGAAGACAAACUAAAAAUAGAAACAUUAUUAGAAAACCUGAAGGAGCAGCAAAGCAUAGCAGAUGAAGAGGACAAGGAGAGAGAUGCGAUUGAUUGUCAAGGGAAUGACAGCAGUACAUCCAGAGUUUGUGCAUGCAGCCAGGAGAAGGAAUGUCCGGUUGAGAAGACGUUGAGCAAUAGUCCUGUGAAAUCUGAACGAGAAGUUCUGUUAGUUGGAAUAAUUUCAACGUUUCUUCACGUGCACCCAUUUGGAGCAAGCAUAGAGUACAUCUGUUCCUACCUGCAGCGUCUGGACAGCAAAAUUUGCACCGCGGAAGUGGAAGUUCUCAUGACUCGACUCCAGAACACGUUCAGGCAGGAGCUGAGUGGGGUUGGGGCCAGCCUAGAGAAAAGGUGGAAGUUUUGUGGCUUUGACGGAUUGAAAAUGACUUGAGCUUUGACUUAACGCUGAAAACAACAGCAGGAUAUGUACGCCAAGAAAACCUGGGAUGCCUCUUACCUCUGUUCAUGAUUAUCUUGCACGCAUCACGGACUCGGGUGGUAUAAUGUGUAAGUGAAACUAUUAAGUCCAGAGCAGCACUGGAAGAAACUUCAAGUUCUGUAGCUUCUUUGAUCAGCUAUUUGUUAACGGGCGAGUGCUGUUCAAUAUAUUUUGUGAAAAAAGUUCAUGUCUGAUAUUUUUAAGCGCAGCGUGUUGACUGUAUGUUUUGCCAAUGUUGUAUGUGUUUUGUGUGCCCAAAUCUCUCAUCCUGUACCUUCUUUUUACUGGUAGGAACAGCCAUAGACUGUCUUCUGAAGCAACAACAAAGAGGAAUUUUCUGGUUUCUAGAACCACCAAAAGGGAAAAAAAAAAAGGCAUUUUUUUAGACAUUUCUAUGAUUAAAAACCGAGGUAUGUUUAAACAGAAGAUUUAGAUGGCUCAGUUCUCUGAGCCAAACAAUUGGUUCUUUUUCAUGCUAUUUUCUCUACUAAUGGUUUAACAGUUAAGCUGAGAUGAAGGCAGUGUCACUAGGAGCCUAGUGUGAUUGUGGCAGUGCCACUGGUGGUCUGUGCAUUGCAGAGUCAGUCUGUAAAUAAUUUUUUACAUGGGAAGGGUAUUUAAUUUUCUAUUGAUCUGGGUGGAGCAGAGAGCCUACAUCAGAUCUCUAUUUUAGUAAUGGCUUACCACCCAAUUUCUCUACCCACUUUGCUUUGGAGACCGAGCUUCUGGAAGUGCUACAAGCAGCACAAACUUUUCUCCUCCUGAAUCUUCCCAAAGGCUGUUCCUUGAGUUCCCAGUAAAUGCCAGGCUCCUCCCCAAACCUCUGCAGAAGGUUAGUAAGAUGCAGGGUAAAACGCCUCGGCCCAUCAAUCCAACCUGUCCAGGUCCCUCUGCAGAGC